CGCAUUUAAAGCGGUUUGUUUGAGUUUGAUGCGGAUCCUCGGAUCAUGCCGACUCGAUCAUGGGGGAUCAGUUUAUACGAGAAGUCCUCAGUCUGUGUUUGCAAAGGCUUGCUAUCGAAGAAGCGUCUAACUCUGAGCUCGAGUUCAUCGAGGUGGUGAGGAACUUUGAAGUUGCCCGGAAGAAAUGGCUUCAUGCAGAGCUGGAGCUGAAAAAACAGAAGGAGCUCCUGGUCAAAUCUGAUGUGGCUCGAGCUGCGCUGGAGGUCAAACUCAAACAUGCUCGGAACCAGCUGGACGUGGAGAUCAAGAAACGCUACAAAGCUGAGGCCGACUACCAGUGCCUGGAGCGGCAGAUGCAGUUGAUAUGUGACGUACUGGUGCAUGACAGCAAGUCAAAUGCUUGUCUCAAUGACGAGCAGAGGUCAAUGCUGACCAGCUUCAGUCACAAAGGAGCCAGUGUCCCACAGCACAGAGGAAAACGGUUAUCAGUGAUUGAUGAGUCCUCCUUUCUGUCACACUCUGACAUUAGUUAUGACAGAACGGAUGAUGACUUGGACUUGGACAACACCGCGUUUGUUAAGCCUCUCAAGUCAAGAGCUCGUGAGAGAAGACGGUCAUCAAUGGGCCCAAGUGUUGGUCCUCCGAUUCAAAAACGAGGAAGAGUAAGCGGGCGUUCAGGAGAUCUACUGGGGGCUAGACCUCUGGAGAAGGAAAUCGAAACGACGAUUGUGAAGGCAUCCGUCACUACCCCAGAGACUAGAGGUCAGAUUCACAUGGUAAUAGACAUAACCCAGGAGACUCCAGAAUAUCAGUCCAGGGCUCUCAGAAAUGAAAAUUUUCCGUCUGUUGAUGAACAAACGUCUGUGUGGGCACACAGUGAAGUCACAGAGGCUGAAACAGUUGUUGAAAUGGAGGUGAGCGUCCCGGAGCCAGCCGUCCCUCAGGACCUCACGCCCACCGUGGAUAAGACUUUGCAGCAUGUUUUCCAGCAAAAAACAGUGAUUCGUCCAGAGACAUGUGUGCCAUGUGGGAAGAGGAUUCGCUUUGGGAAGUUGGCCAUAAAAUGCAGAGACUGUCGAUUGGUGAGCCAUCCUGAGUGUAAACAACUAUGUGUGGAGAGAUGCAGUCCUAAUGCUCAUGGUUCAACCCAGCCCAAUGAGGAGACUUUAGAGAGCUUUGCCUCCUCCACACGUCCAAGGAUUCCCUCUCUGAUUGUUCAGUGUGUUCAUGAAAUUGAGAGAAGAGGGCUUGAAGAGAAGGGUAUUUACAGAGUGCCUGGAGGAGAGCGGCUGGUAAAGGAGCUGAGGGAGAAAUAUAUUUCUGGGAAAGGCUCGCUGAUGCUCCACAAAGUAGAAGAGGUUCAUGCUGUCUGUGGACUCCUCAAAGACUUCCUGAGGAAGCUCAAGGAGCCUCUCAUAACAUUUAAGCUUCACAGAGCAUUUAUGGAAGCUUCUGAGAUGGCUGAUGAAGACAAGAGUGUAGAAACAUUAAUAAAGACUAUCAAAGAGUUGCCGCAGCCGAACAAAGACACCCUGGCCUUCCUGAUUCUGCAUUUGCAGAGAGUAAUGCAGAGUCCGACGUGUCAGAUGGAUCUGAAUAACUUAUCCAGAGUGUUUGGGCCCACUGUCAUUGGUCACGGGUUGUUAGAACCUUCUCCCAUGACAAUUAUGAGAGACACGAACACCCAGCCCAAAGUAGUAGCUCGGUUUUUGUCCUUCCCCUCAGAUUUCUGGGAAGGCCUUCUAGCUGAGAAAGGGGAUACUGUACUUCCUGUGGUGGAUUCCAAUGUCAUCGGUGUCCGCCCAAGCACUAGCAGAGAUAAGAUAUUCAAACCUCUGACCUCUCCUGAGUUGAGUAAAUACUCUAAAACUACAUCCGGUGGCUCAAUAAAGGGUCGGAUCAAGCACUUCGGUGGCACUUUCAAUAACCCAAGCAAACCAAAAAAUGAUUCAGGGAAAAAGAAAUUCUUCACAUCCCCCAAAUGAUUUGUGUGUGUGUGUGUGUGUGUGUGUGUGUAUAUUUUGUGUUGCACAGGGACACUGAACUGUUUUUUCUCCACCACAAAAAAUGAAACUUUUUAGCACUUCAUAUUCUACCUUGAAAAAACUUUUCCUAUGAAUGUAAUUCUGUCCAGAAGUGUAAAAAACUAUGAAAUAUGAGACUACACCCUUUGUAUUUUCUGCAGAAUGUUUGUCUAUUUAUUAUGCAUGUAGGAAAUGUCCUGGAAAAUAUUUAAAGGUGUUAUGAACACAGGGUGAAAUGGCAAAAUGAUUUGAAAUAAACUAGAUGAAUUCA